UGAUAACAUUUGAAUCCUUUCCAGUGAUUGAAAGUCAUCUUCAAUGACCAUAGCCACUUGCAGCUACAAAAAGGAUGCCCCAUUCCAAUGAUACUCAGUUCCAUCCCCCCUUUUUCAUAUUACUAGGAAUUCCAGGAAUGGAAAAUUUCCACAUCUGGAUUGGCUUCCCUUUUUGUAUUGUGUACCUUAUUGCCCUCUUGGGAAAUAUCACCAUAUUGUUUGUGAUCCAGACUGAGAAGACACUUCACCAGCCCAUGUUCUACUUUCUGGUCAUGUUGGCCACCAUUGAUCAAGGCCUAUCAACAGCUACUAUUCCCAAGAUGUUGGGCAUAUUUUGGUUUAGACUGAGGGAGGUCAGCUUUGGUACCUGUCUUGUCCAGAUGUUCUUUAUACAUAUCUUCACUGUGAUGGAAUCAGCUGUACUGUCAUCGAUGGCCUAUGAUCGCUAUGUGGCAAUCUGCAAUCCUUUGCAUUACAGCACUGUCCUCACCAACAGGGUGGUGGCCUUCAUGGGAAUUGUGGUGGUGGUGAGGUCUUUCUUCACAGUGAUUCCCUUUGUGUUCCUGAUCCUUCGACUUCCUUUCUGUGGAAAUCAUGUCAUUCCUCAUACUUAUUGUGAACAUAUGGGCAUUGCUCGAUUGGCUUGUGCAAGCAUCAGAGUCAACAUGGUCUAUGGUCUAUGUGCUAUUGGGACUCUAAUGUUGGACAUUGUAGCUAUAGCUCUAUCCUAUGUACAGAUUCUCCAAGCUGUCUUUCACCUCCCUUCCCAGGAUGCCAGGCUAAAGGCCCUGAGUACCUGUGGCUCCCACGUUUGUGUCAUCUUGGCCUUUUAUACUCCAGCCUUAUUUUCUUUCAUGACACACCGCUUUGGCAAGAAUGUCCCUCGUUACAUCCAUAUACUUCUGGCUAAUCUCUAUGUUGUUGUCCCACCCAUGCUUAACCCUGUCAUCUAUGGAGUUAGGACCAAGCAGAUCCGGGAAAAGGUGUUAAAGAUAUUACUCACAAAAUAAAUCAGAAUUGGAACUCCAACAUUAAUUUGCACUUUCCAGGGAUCAUUAGGGGAAUAUUCACAGGCUAAACAUAGUGAUCAUACCAGAAGAUGCCUCUUAAUAAGAAUAAUAACACCACUCUUCUCCUGACAUCCUUUUUUAAAAUCCUAUAGUGAUGCCAUUUUAUAAGGGGCUAAUUACCACAUUGGCCUGGACAUCUGGACACCAUUGUAAUCAACUCUAAUUCUUUAAGACUGAUUCUUCUGAGCUGACUGUCCACAUUGUGAACCCUGAAAUAUGGUCUAAUGCCCCAGCAGGGAAAGUAUUGGUGGCCUUUUGGAUGAAAUUGUGAAUUCAGAAUAGAUAAUUCCUUACACUCACUUGUGAGUAGUUUUGAAAAAGCCUUAUUUUACUUUCUCUCAGUUACUGGUAAUGAGUCCCUCCAACGUCAAAACCCAUGACCCAGUUUCACUCUGAUUUCUAAAUUUCUUUCAUGCCUUCUUUGAUUGCUUCCCAUUAUAUUCUUUUACCUAUUAUCUUUUAGUUCAACUAAAAA